AUGUCUCCAAGUCACAAUUCAGAACAAAUCAUUACAAAUAAUUUAAAAAGUCCAAUCAUGAAUUCACAUAUUGUACGUAUUGUACAUGUAGAUGGUGGUGAGGUAGUAGCACCAUCUUCAUUAGAAAAAAACGAGAUUCAUCAAAAACCUUUGAUUACUGAUAACAAUAAUUCUAUUAUUUUGAGAUAUCUUAGAGGUUAUAAUAUAUUUCCACUUUCGUCUGUCAAUCUACCACCAGGAAUGUCACUUGAUUUAUUUCGUGAAAGUUUAUUAGAAGAUGCAAGAUUUUACGGAUUUGAAAAACUUGCUCAACUGUUACAAGCAGAAACACCUUCACCACUGCGUUACAAAGAUCCAUUCACCUCGACAGAUAAAAUUCUUUUAUCAUUACGUGACGUACCGAUUCAUAAAGAUUUCAUUAAAUCAAAACUGGAAGACAACGACAAUAACUCGACGGUUGAAUUUUUUACUGGUGCUGUACUAACUAUUGAAUUUGAUGCUUCGAACAGUAGUUUGUGUUUUAAAACAAAAUUCCUAAACGAACAAGAUGAAAAAGCUUUAAAAACUUUGGGAGAAAUUUGUGGCAAGGAUUCAGCAAUUGAGUUGUCACGGCAUUUGAGUACAAGUUGGAAUAUGAGCGAUACAUUGAAUGGGAUACGAUUGGAAAUUGAUGGUGUGCAAGUCACUGGUGUAGAUUUAGCGUCACUUGUCGGAGCUCAUAAUUCUGGAAUGAAAGCUUUAGAAGAUAUGCUUAGAUCUUCUGGUGGUGAACGUUUAAUAAUUUACGCUCAAGAAUUUGUUUUCAGAUUAGAUAAUCUAAAAAAACCCAACAAAUCUAAUAAUAACAGCAACAAUUGUUAUCACGUUAAUGGCCAUAAUGAUGACAAUAAUGGUUGUGGUAGUAGUAGCAGCAGCAGCAGCAGUAAUGAUGUUGAUGUGAAUGUUGAUUCUGAUGUUAUUGUGGAUUCUGAUGUUGUUGAACAUGAUAAUGAAGAGGAUAAUGUUGAAGAAGUAGAAGAAGAUUAUCAGAAUAAUAAUGGUAAAGAUGUGAUUGUUAGUAAUGGUAAAGACAAAAAUGUCGAAAGUAAAGGUGAUGAUGACUGUGAUAAUAAUGAUAAGAUAAAAGAAAAUAAUGAUGUAUAUCUUGGAGUUGUAUGGGCUAAAGGUUGGACACAGGAAUGGUGGGCUUGGAAUGAAUAUAGAAUGAAAUUAGAUACUCUUCAAUAA